AUGGCGGUUUCCUCCACCUCCAGCGAAGAAACCCCGCCGCAGCACCAAGUGUUCAUCAAUUACAGAGGAGACGAGCUGCGGAGUAACUUCCUCGGGUUUCUCGUGAAAGCAAUGAGAGACGCGAAGAUCAACGUCUUCACAGACGAAGUAGAAGUCAGAGGUAGAGAUCUGCAGAAUCUUUUCAAGAGGAUCGAGGAAUCGAGAGUCGCGGUCGCGAUCUUAUCCGAGAGAUACACCGAAUCGAGCUGGUGUCUGGAUGAAUUAGUGAAGAUGAAGGAGCGGAUCGACGAAAAAAUGCUCGUCGUCGUUCCCAUUUUCUACCGAUUGGACGCCACCAACUGUAAAAAACUCUUGGGACCUUUCGGCGACAAUUUCAGGGAGCUGGAGAGAGAUCAUCGGAGUGAGCCUGAGAGAAUCCAGAAAUGGAAAGAAGCUUUGAUCUCUAUUCCUCAAAAGGCUGGCUUGACUUUGGCAGGACACAGGGAUGAGUCUGAAUUGGUUGAAUCAAUCGUUAAGGAGGUGAAGAAAGUGCUCAUCUAUAUUUCAAGCAAGGAAAGUGGUGACUCUAAUAAUUCCACCAACACUGAAGGUCAAUCCAUAAAUCAGCAAACUCAAACCAAUAACAUCAAAUCGUCUUUUGAGCCUCUAAUGGCAGAGCUAGACCUAUUACCACCACGUCUCCCUCCAGUUUUUGUUAGUUUCUGCAAAGAAGAGCUUGGAGACAACUUUGUCAGACAUCUUGUGUGGGCAUUGAGAGAGUCAGGGGUCAAUGUCUUCACAGAACGCUACAAGCUUAGAGGAAGAGAAGAAGAACAAGAUCAUGAGUCGAAUAUUGCGCUGGCCAUCUUCUCAAAGAGGUACUCCGAGUCAGGUUUGUGCUUGAACGAGUUUGUGAAGAUGGGGAAGCUUGCAAAGAAAGGUAAACUUGUGGUCAUCCCCGUGUUCUACAAUGUGAACAAAAACGACGUGAGGAGACUCUUUACAGAUACAAAGAUGAGAUUUGCAAUGGAGCCAGUAUUGGUUCAGAGUUGGGAAGAAUCUUUGAAGUCGUUUGUUACAGGGAGGAUAAGCUUGAGCUUGGAAGCACACAUAGAGGUUACAAGAUUGCUACAAAGCUCUUCAAGAAGAAGAAGCAGAAGAAAAAUGGGGAUUGGACAAGUGUUUGUGAGGGCUUUACAUGCGACUUUUAUCUUUGCUCUUUUCAUAUUCUCUAUGCCUCCCACUGAUAAAACAUCGUUCAACAACAGCGACAUUUGCUUUCUCUCUGGGAUCUCACCACCAGGUAGCAAAAAAAGAAAAAAAAUGGCUAGGUCUGGGGUUGAUGAGACAUCAGAAUCCGGAGCUUUUGUGAGAACAGCAUCAACAUUCCGCAACUUUGUUUCACAAGAUCCUCACUCUCAGUUCCCAGCUGAAUCCGGUAGAUACCAUCUUUACAUAUCCUACGCUUGUCCUUGGGCUUGCAGAUGCCUCUCUUACUUGAAGAUCAAAGGUCUUGAUGAUGCAAUCAGCUUCUCGUCUGUUCACGCAAUUUGGGGAAGGACUAAAGAAACUGAUGAUCAUAGAGGAUGGGUCUUCCCUGAUUCGGACACAGAGCUCCCUGGAGCUGAGCCUGAUUAUCUCAACGGUGCAAAGACUGUGAGAGACCUCUAUGAGAUUGCUAGCCCUAAUUACACUGGGAAGUACACUGUUCCUAUUCUAUGGGAUAAGAAGCUCAGGACUGUAGUUAACAAUGAGAGUUCGGAGAUAAUCAGGAUGCUUAACACCGAGUUCAACGGUGUUGCGAAAAACCCGUCGCUCGAUCUUUAUCCUUCUCAUCUCAGAGACGCAAUCGACGAGACUAAUGAAUGGGUUUUCAAUGGGAUCAACAAUGGUGUUUAUAAAUGUGGGUUUGCUAGGAAACAAGAACCAUACAAUGAGGCAGUGAACGAGUUAUAUGAAGCAGUAGAUAGAUGUGAGGUUAUACUUGGAAAGCAACGGUACAUUUGUGGAAACACUUUCUCCGAAGCUGAUAUUCGAUUAUUCGUCACUCUCAUAAGAUUUGAUGAGGUAUAUGCGGUUCACUUCAAAUGUAACAAGAGACUCUUGAGGGAGUAUCCGAAUAUCUUCAACUACGUAAAAGACAUAUACCAAAUCAGUGGAAUGAGUAGCACUGUGAACAUGGAACAUAUUAAGCAACAUUACUACGGAAGCCACCCUACGAUAAACCCGUUCGGGAUCAUUCCUCAGGGACCGAACAUCGACUACUCUUCGCCUCACGAUCGCGAGAGGUUCUCCUCGUGA